ACUUUCAAUGUUGGUACACCCCUACAGCACUUUUGGAUUAUGCCGAUGCCUGACCGGGGGAAUUGAAAACGAAAAGCACAGAAAUUAUGGAGAAUUUCUUUAAAAAAUAAAAUUGUCAUGAUGCAAGUAUGAGACGUUCUGCUGCACCAUCCCAACAGGGCCUGGCCCCUAAGAGACCUAGGUUCAACCCUCCAUUUCGUUCCAGCAACCCUGUCCCCCUCGGCACUCCACGACCAUUACCGAGUCAACAAGUGACCACUUCUAACACUCAAAGAUUACCUAGAACUCUACAACCAGCAUCAAGUGACAAUGAUGAAUGCUUAGCUACCACCAUAGGAAUUAAGGAGACAUCAAAUGAUAGAGAACAGGUACAGGCAGCGGUGAACUCUGUACAGCCGGGUGAGGAUGGAGAAAAGAAUGACCAUCAAGCAUCAAGAAACCAUGGUGAAAAUAUUCCAGGCAGAACCAGUAUUAAACUAAAAUCAGAAAAUAUUUCAGGCAAAGCUAGUGUUAUACUAGAAUCUGAUGCAAAAGACAUGGGUGAAAGUCAACCACAAGGUCAUACUGAAAAUCAGCAGCUUGCUGGAGCAGAUGUUAGGGAUACAACACAAGAGGUACAUAGGUUAACUCAUGUUGAUGGAGAGGGUUCUGCUGGAACCAGACCCCAACAUCUCCAACUCAAGAAGAGCGGGUUGCAGAGGAAACCGUUCAUGGUGAAGCAGCUCACACCAACUGUCAAGCCACCAACCGGAGAGGCAGAAGACGAUGGACCAAAGCGCCAUUAUUAUAGUGUCAUGUGGUGUAAACUCUCAAAGAAAAAACACAAAAAGUGGGAAGGAGAUGCUCUUCUGAUUACUAAAGGCAGAUCUGUGACCCUACUCAAUGUAGAAGGGAAAGAGAUUGGUAAAGGCAGUGGAUACAGACCAUCUGAGCUAGAUAGUAUGGAGGAAGGCCAUACACUGUGUGUAGGCGGCAAGGAAAUUGAGGUAAGAUACAAGCCUAAUCUCGGCUUUGUGGGAGAGAAGAAUUUAUCUGUUUGGAGCCAGAAGGUCUUUGCUAAUAUAUACUUCAAGUCUUCAACACAGAGAUAAUGCCCUUCUGGCUUUAAACAGACAAAUCGUCUGUUGAUGCUAUCGUGAGAUUGAUGUAAUGCUACGGUAACAAAGGUUCGUACGAACGAUAAUUUCGUACAAAUCUCCCUGUUUUUCCAUUGUCUUUCCGAGUUUCCAUUGUCUGAAAAUCGUUUGUACGGCGUUCGUAAUGGCAUCUGUGACAGAGGCUUUAUUGUGAGUAUUGUGAUAGUUUGAAGGAACAAACACUUCGCAGUCCUAGUUGAGAACAG